ACACAUUAUCUUCUUUUCUGCCCUUCUUCACUUGCUUUCUCUCUUUCUCUCAUUUCUUUUUUAUUUGUAAACAAAAAAUGAAUUUCCCCUAAAACCCUAACCCUAAUUUCACGUUAUUAUCCGAUGAGAAUUUUAUUAGUCCUUUUAUGGAUAAUUUCGAUUUCUCCAAUUUGAUGUUUGAUGAUGAUGAAGGAGGCAACACUGGUUUAGUCCAGGAGGAAACUUCACCUCCGACAAGCAUUGUUUCGUCGGAGACACUUACCGGUGAAAGCAGAGGAUCCGGCAGGGCACUAACGACGUUGAGUAAAAAGGAAUCAACGGGAAGUAAAGAUGGUGAGACUAAGGAGUCGGGUCAUCGAGUUGCAUUUAGAACGAGAUCAAAGAUUGAUGUGAUGGAUGAUGGUUAUAAAUGGAGGAAGUAUGGGAAGAAAUCUGUCAAGAACAACAUUAAUAAGAGGAAUUACUACAAAUGCUCAAGCGAAGGUUGCAUGGUGAAGAAGAGAGUAGAGAGAGAUGGCAAAGAUGCAGCUUAUGUGAUAACAACCUACGAAGGAGUCCAUAACCAUGAGAUCCCCUCACAUGUCUAUUACAGUGACAUGGUUUCGUCUCACGAUCACGAUAAUUGGAACCAAUAUUCUCUUCUUCAAUCUAUCCAUAUAUCUUCUCCAUCUUGAUAUAUUACCAAAAGUCUACCAUCACUGUAAAAUAUAUCAACCCUUGUGUAAAAUUUUAUAGGUUAUAUCAAAGAAGUUUUA